UUUUUUAAAAGACGCAGUCCCCUUAUCAAAACCAUUCAAAAUCACAACCCCAGUGACGAAUUUCCAAAACACAGCCCUCCAAACUGUGUACUUUGGGAUGUGUUUGAUAUUUAUUUGCUGUCUGGACUGCCAAAAUUCGACGGCUUAUCUGUCCGGUAAAAAGAGCUGCUAAAUUGUACCACAAUCGAUGCCACACCACGAUCGGGCCAAGGCCCGGCUGGAGCACGAGGUGACCCUCCUCCGCUGCGAGGUGGCCUCGUUGCGCUCCAAGCAGGAGCAGCGGCGAAGGUCUCGCCAGGAGCAGGUGGCGCUGCAGGCGCGUCUGGAGCAGGAGAUCCAGGUGCUGCAGAACGAACUGGCCGCCACGCGGUGCGAUCGGGAUGAGCGGGAGUGCGGCGGCGCCGAGCAGUGUUCCCUGCUGAACGAGCGGCUGGAGAAGCUGGACGGGCACGUGGUCAAGCAGGAGCGGUACAUUGCCUUCCUCGAGGAGCAGAUCAACAACACGCGCACCAAGUACCAAGAGCGGAUGAGCGAUGUCCGCCAGAACGCCGACCUGGUCGAAAAGGAGCUGAAACGAGUGCGCCGUGAGGUGAAGUCCAUUGCCGAGCAGGCCGGCGAGGUGGAUCGCCUAAAAAAGCAGCUGGGCUUCCUGAACGCCAAGCUGGACCGCCGCAAUUCGAUCAUCUCCAAGUACGAGGCCCAGCACAAGGAGAUGAUGGCCAUUGUUGGGGGUCUUCGGAAGCAGUUGGAGGAGAACGAGCGUAUCAAGGGUGGCGGAAACCCAAGUGGAGGCCACCGCAGAAGGACCCAUGUCAGCAGGCAGGACCAAAAAGACGCCAAAUUGAUGGCUCCUAAAAGUCCACUAGUUUUCAAGAAUAUACCCAAACCUUCCAGCUUUGUCUAUCUCACCACGGCGCUGAAAAAAAAAUAUAAUAACACUAGCCAGGAUCUUCUUACCGCUGAGUACGCCAUCUAACCGAGGAAAUCAAUGAUUCACAAUCAACGUUUUAGUUUGGCGCACCUUGGAAGAAAAUUUCUUUUGUAAUUGAAUACCUUGUAGCACAACAAAAUAUGUAUAUUAUGUUUGUACAUAAAAAUUCAAUGGGUAAAUGAACCAAACGGAA